GGUUCUAGAUCGCUCGAACAAACUCCGAGCGCAAUUUGUUAGCGCUGGUAAUUGUUAUUAGCAAUGAAAGUGUGAAUCGAGUUAAUGACAACGAAAGUGUGAACCAUGCUAUGUAUGAGAACCAGACGAAAUGAACAUAACCUUUGCUAACGAACUGCCUCAAGUAUCACGAAUGUUAAUUGAAUUACUAGUACACGACGAAUUUCGAAUGCACAACCGAACAUUCGGUGUGAAUUUCAUUCAAAGCCGUUGCUCUUUGUUUCUUGUUCUUUCUUUUUAAUAAGAACUAUUUGCGGCAAACCUUUCGCUGCAUCAACAGAGUUACUGUUGCUGUGGGAGGCAUUGACCAAUCAUUGCAUCACUCAUUAUUAUUAUUACAUCAACACAAUGGACCCAUUGUUUAAAUUCGGUUUUAUUUAAUCAUCGAAAUUGUUUGGGGUGAAUGAAUGGAAACAAUUUCCUGAAUACAAAGCAACGAAUUGAUUUUAAUGGGACAUCGAUUCGGUUUUGUUAUCGAUUUUUCUUUUGGCUUUUCAUACCGAUUUCGGUCGAUGUUAAAGUUCUUUGCUUUGACUUGUCAAUUUGAGUUCAUGCUAAAAUUGGGCGCGAAACGAAGCGUCACUUGGUGAACGAUUCAAGCGAUGUAAAUAAAAGCCGAGUCAACAGUUUCGAUUCAGACGAAAUAUCAACAAUCUGAGCACGUGUUGAUGUCGUGUUUUUGGUUGUGCGACUGUUGUGAACCGGCAGCAUUUUCCAGUGAACAUAGUCUUACGUACACGCAUCGGUUUUGUUCGUUUGUGUCGUUUGUUGUGCACUCUCUUCGACUGGACCGUUAAAUUGAGAAUCGAUGCGACGCUGUUUUUCUUCAUACAUCGUUCAUCAUUGAAUACACACUGUGUCGCAUUUGGAAAGUGACAUUCUCUGCGUUCGCAUCGCAAGUGUAACAACAACAACAAGAAGAAAAAUGUCGGCGACAAACGAUAUUGAGCUGGUGAAAAAAGCGAUAAAAAUCAUGCAAGUCGAUAGUCCGCAUAAAUUUUGGUAUAAAUAUUGCGAGGAUUCGUUGCAAGAUCGUUUAAUUGAUGAAUUGGAGUGUGAAAUUGCGGCUUAUGUAGUGGAUUUAUUGACACGAGACGAUCAAGUACCGGCAUUGAACGAUGGCGACGUAAUUGCUGUGCAUCAUCCGCACUGGAACAAAUGGAUUCGCGGUAAAUCGGGUCGAAAGAAAAAAGCAAAAAAAGAUGGUGAAAUCGAUAUGAUCUACGUUUGGGCCAUCGAUUAUGGAUGCAAAUUACUUUUUCCAUUGAAGGAUGUACUGCCGCUCACAAAUAUGCGAUUGGCAUAUCGACGACCAAUCAACGUUCACAUUGGCGGAUUGAGCAACGUUGUGCCAGCCAGACUCGAAUUUAAUGAGGUUUUAUUCGAUAUGGAAAGAGUCAAAACGCAUCAGUGGUCGAAAAAGGCAACCGAAUUGUUUUCGGAAUGGGUUGGCGACGAGUCACGGCUUACAUUUCUCAUUGAAUCGGUCGAAAGCAACAGAUGCUUUGGUCAAGUGCUAAUCUAUUGCCACAAUAACAACGAACCGUUUUCUGUGGUCGGUGCAUUGAUGGAACAAGAUGAAGCUAUCCAAGAUAGAUGCUACAUGAAUGAUGUCAAAACAUUGGAAAAAGAUGACUUCUUCCGCCUGAAUCACGAGAUAACGAUGCCUCGAGCCGAAGAUCAAAUUGAUGAAAUGGCUGGAUAUCAUAACAUUUGGAUGGAUGCUGACGAUCCGAUGUCAUUUGACGACGCACAACAAAUUGAAAUUGCUUCCGGCAACGAUGAGCCGGAGCGUCAACCGCCGCCAAGCCAAUCGGGAACGCACGGAAACAGUGCACUAACUGGACACUCCAUGAGUACGGUAUCGAUGACAUUGUCCAUAAAAUCGCUCAACAAAUGGAAUGUAUUGGCCAUCACACACGAUGUAGUGGUACCGACCAAAGACUGGAAAGACACAUUUUAUUUCAAAGACCAAAUUCGAUCGUGCUUGAAGCGAUUGUUUCGCGAUAAAAUCGAUCCACUGUGUUCAUACGCUUGGCCAACGAUAAUGCGUGGAAAUAGUUGUUUGAUGGUUGGAGAACGUGAUCGAAACACCAUGUUAGUUCUGCCAACCAUUUGCACCAUUGUUCAUCGAGAAAGGACUAAUGUGAAUUUUUCAUUCGAACAGCGAAUGGUGACCGAUUGGACGACAUCGGUUAGAAUUGAACCGAUUGGCUUGAUUUUCGUGAGCGGUGCGGAAAAGGUUGAGCCAAUGGCAACGAUUUGCCGAAAAUUGCUACAAAAAUCCGGAAUGGCCAUUGUCAAUGUGACCUGUUUGAAUAGUAACUUCGAGAUAAAUGCCUUACUGCAAAUGGAUCAUGUGGAUAUUUUGGUGUUGCCAAUAUUUUGCUUUAAAACACUUGUCAAUCACAUGCCGAAAAUCUUCAAAGUGGGUAGACUGCAGUACGCUUGGUUCGAUGAGAUCGACAAAAUGUGCCAAAUUAAUGAAGUGGAAACAUACAAAGCUGUCGAUAUACUGUGUACACCAGGGCUUGAUAUGCAGGUAGCUGCCACCGGCCAGACUUACAACCCAAUUCUGAAUGUACUCUAUGAUCGAAUCAAAAUACCAAUGCUUUUAAUUGGUGACCGAACACCGUUUGAAGCAGCAUUAUGUGCCGAAUGCAUCUUUGUGACCGAGUUUAUUAUGUCCGAAGGGAAAAUCAACGAUUUGAUUGAGAAAUUGCUGGAUCAACACGGUAUUAUGACUGGGUCAAUCGUCAUUGUCUGCUCCAAUUUGUCAGAGGUGAAGUAUGUGACAGGAAGUCUGACUCAAGCGAACAUCAAAUGUAAAGAUUUCGACAACACAUUCUCGCUGAAUCAGUUGAAGCUGGUGAAUUGGACUGAGCAAGGCCUGAACGUGAACACGUCACUUACAAAGCAAAAUAUUCUGGUGUGCGAAGACGCAAACUUGGACUCGUUUCCAAUUCGAACGGCCAGUCACAUUGUGCAUUAUUCACUGCCGAAUGAACUGCAAACAUUCCUGUAUCGAUUCAUCACUUGCUUUGGCUACUAUGCGGAGAAGCUGGACCGUGAAUUACUCAACAAACCGGAUAGACAUGAGUUGAGCCCACCCAUUUGUUUGACAUACUUCGAUGAUGAAAUGUGCGAUGAAUUCAUUCAAAUCUAUGAUGUGUUGUCAAACCGAACUCAAACCGAAUUGCCGGUUGAAUUGAGUAAUUUGAUUCUGAAUUUGAAGCAAAAACUUGAAGAAAUCAAAGCAAACAAGCCGCUCUGUAUCCAAUUGAUUACACGAGCCAAAGACUGUGAUAUAAGCUGUCCAUAUCGUCACAUACUCUCCGACUUCGACGAAACGUGCGUGCCAGAGUAUGGAUUCGUGAACAUGGAAUUGCUUGAGGUGUUGGCGCCAAACCAUUUUGCCGUUCGUGUCAUUGGUCACAAGCGUAAGCUGGAACACAAAUCAAAACCCGUUGAGAAUUAUGAUUUCGAACGGAAGCAAUUCGAGCGAUCGUUGCGCGAGUACUAUUCACUUGAUGGAAGUCUUGAGCAAGCAGACCGUAUUGUCACUGGUCAAAUGUACUUGUAUUUCUAUCAAAAUCGACCAAAACGUUGCCGCGUGGUGACCCAAUCAAAGAAAGCCAUUCAAAUUUACCUGAUUGACGACGGAAAAUUACGUCAAUGCAACGAACAUGAAUUGUAUUCAUUGGAUGUUGAUUUUGAAGAAUUUCCAUCGCGUGCAAUUGAAAUAUUCGUGUCUGGAUAUGUGCCGAAUGACAACAACAUCAAGUGGCUGCCAGAAGCGAAGCAGUUUGUUGAGCGAAUGAUGAGCUCGCUUAGGGAACGCGAUCACAACGAAAGUUAUCUGCAGGCGGAAGUGAUUAGAUGCUUCGAUCGCCGGCUUAUUGUUCGAGAUUUGAAAAUCUUGUACAAAGUUCAAAAUCAACUGCAAGGAAAGCUCAUUGCACGAAGCCUAAUCAAAUUUCGGAUGGCGGAAAAGGCACCACUAGUUUUACAUAACAUUUUCUUGGACACACCGAACAGCAGCCAAAUGGAAUCGGAAGCGUACACUGAAUCACGCGAUGAUAAUGGUACAACUGACCAAAAGGAUUUGGCACGUGAACAGAGCAUAGCCACUCAAAGCGUCGGCAUUCAAAAUUUGAGCACCCAAAGUGUUGACACCCAAAUCGUGGCAGCUACGAGCAUUCCCCCAGCACCAGUUGAUAUUUGGAAUGACCUCAACUCAAUCAGUCAAAGAUACACAAGCGGAUAUGCAUCGGCUCAUUCAUUGGCAUUCGACGAUGAUAACAAGCAAACGAUGAACAUCCCUUUAGCACCAGCCAAUUCAACUGUAAGCUUGAUUGAGUUCGGGUGGCCACAAAACAGUUCAGAAAUAGCCUUUGGAUAUGGUCAAACUCAAUCGGUUUUCAUGAAGGACGUUAUACAACCGGUUGUAGCUGUUGCCUCGAAUCCAAGCGUCGAUGAAAUCUUCGGCAGUUUACCUGAAGACAUUCAGGCGGCAGAAGUGCUAUCGCCAAUCAAAUGCGAUUCAAAUCAAAUUGAUGAAACGGACCACGGUGCACAAGAACCAGAAAAUCAAGACAAUUGGCUCAUCAAAUUCAGCGACAGUGACGAUGAGGAUAGCAACAUUGAACCGUCUCCAUUUGCCUACGUUCGUCUCAUCAAUUCGUAUGAUGAUCUUUGAAUACUGAAAGACUAAUUGUUUUUUUUUCUCUGCUUAGAAGCAAUAUGAAUUUAAUUUUUGAUACAGAUUUGAAUUGAAAUAAUGAAAUAGAAUAAAUGAUGAAAUAAAGAAAUGAAGAAUUGAAAAAAAAA